UAACACAUGCACGUUUGAUACACAUGGCCAGUUCAAUGUUAAGUCGCUCAUACUUGAGUUCAUUCUCAUAUACAUCAAUAAAACACAGUUUAAUUUUAACGAUAACAAGUGGAGAAAAAACUGAACAGCUUCUGCCCUUUAAACGGACCGGUUAACUGCGCCUCCUGAAGGAUACCUCGUAUAACCAAUCAAACAACGGCAUCACUUUAAAAGACAACAAGACAUGAUUUCUUAAUUCCUGGGCACAUAUCGCUUCUCUUCAAUGCAAGGAGUCCCUCAUGUAUAACCACAUAUUCGUGGGGGAAAACUUACGAUUAUUUUCGCAUUAGUAAAGCCUAGCCUAUAGUCUUUUUACAUUUAUCUGAACUCCAGGUUAAAAGCGAAACUAGAAACGGAAACUGAGAGCUUUUCACCAGUUUACGCCUUGGUCUUCAUUUAUUUUGACGAACGAUGGGGAUUCAGAUUAUCUUCUCGCUUUUAUGGACAGUAUUUUUCUCACUGCAUGAAGCCAAAGAAACAAUGAUUCGAUAUCAGUAUAGUGGAAUCGUCGGGGGGUCCCCGACUAGAGACACCCUUACAAUUGACAGUGUCGCGGUCGCGUGGAGUGACAGACGAAACAACGGAUUUCUCUCCGUCAACACUGAAUGCGAGGGUCUUUUUCGCAUGACACUGAGGAUGAUCACCAGAAGUUUUAACCAUACAACAACGAACAAUCACACGUAUCAGCGCACGCACGAAUGCUUCCUGGAGGGGCACAGGGUGCUGCGCGUGUCAGACCGGAUUCACUACGAUGGGGCGGAGUACCUGUGUCUGGACAGCGCCAAGAACACCUGGAUGGCGGCCGUCCCACAAGCCCUCGCGCUAAAGCAGCAAUGGGACCGGGAGAGCGGAUGCACGGAGAGGCACAAGGUUCUCCUCCAGAACGGAUGCACUGAGCUGAUCGAAGAAUUCUCACGCGACAAACAUUCUGCCCCAGAGGCAUCUUUGGCUAUUGUAUUGAUUCCCAUCCUUAUAAUUGUAGUCCUCCUCUGUCAGUUCAUGGUCAGCUUCCUGAUUUCAAGACAUGGUCCCACAGGCUCAAGGCUCGCAGGAGGUGUUUUGGGGUCAAUCAUCCAUUACCCUCAGAGGAACGUGGGCAUCAAACCCUUAAAGGGAGACCCAGAAGAACACAACUUGGCAUUUACCCCCUCCAAAGGGGAACACUCUUCCCUGCUGGUCAUCCCUGCUUAGGGAGGGACACUGCAGGGCAGUGUGGUGCAACCUGUGGGCCAAAUCGCGCUAUAUGCAAAAAAUUAAUCGAGGCAUUUGUCGAUCCGUGCUUUGCUCAAAAUUAGAUUUUGCUCCCCUUUCAAGGCAGCAGUGGAGCACGAUGGUAGCAUAAUGGAGGACUGGACUUAUAACCCCAUAGUUGGAGAUUAAAUCCCCAGAUGGAGCACUGCUGUUGUACCAUUGAGCAAGGUACUUAACCUGACUUGCUUCAAUUUAUAUCCAGCUGUAUAAAUGGAUUGAAUAUAAGAAAUUAUGUAGCGUGUGUUAGCCACUCUGGAUGAGAGCAUUUUCUGAAUUCCUGAAAUGUACAGUGACAAGAAAUGCUUCAAUGAAAAAACCAAAAGAAUUUUCCUCACUUUGUCACACCAAUUUUAUUUGAGUUUUUUUUAGGUUUUCUCAAAUGAAAUGUUCAGAUUCAUUCAAAUGAACCUGAAGAUUUUCAUUUGAGAAAACCUAAAAAAUAUAAGGGUAACAAAUAAAAUAAAGAUUUUAGGCCCAUACAAUGGAACAUGAUUUUCAGUGUGAUGUGUAAAUAUGUAUAAAGAGAAUGUUGCCAAAAGAUAAAAAUGUAGCUUGACAUGCAAUGUUAUUUAGAUUUUUUAUCUGUCUAGGGUUUGUACUGAUUUUUUUUUGCAGACUGUGAACUACAUUUUAUUCAGGUUGGGAAAUUAGGCCUAUAUUGUUCAUAUGGUUGGCUAACUUUUGCAGUUCUUGCUUAUGGUUUGCUUAUCUAUUGCAGUUCUUGCCUCUAUUUGUCGUUUUGCUGACAUGAGACAGAAAUAAACAGUAAUAAGCCCAUUGA